CUCAAUCCCUUCUCCUCCAUCCGUAGUAUAUAAGCCCUCAGAUUUCGAAUUCCUCCUCCUCCUCCUCCAUUGCUCCCCUCCCUCCUCUGCUCGAUCCCAUCGAUCCUUCCAGAAGAGAAGACUCCGUGCUCCGCCUCGAGGGUUCCAGAUCCCGGGGGGGGAGAGGUCCUCUUCGUCCCGAUCCGCGAGGGAGCGCUGGCGUUGCAGGGGAUGGCCACCUUCGAGCUGUACCGGAGGUCCACCAUCGGCACCUGUCUCACCGAGACGCUGGACGAGUUGGUCUCCAGCGGGGCGGUGAGCCCCGAGCUCGCCAUCCAAGUCCUUGUGCAGUUCGACAAGUCGAUGACUGAAGCGCUGGAGGCUCAGGUGAAGAGCAAGGUUACUAUCAAGGGCCAUCUGCACACCUACAGGUUCUGCGACAAUGUCUGGACUUUCCUCCUGACAGAUGCAGCAUUCAAGAGCGAGGAGAUGUCAGAAACACUCAGCAAAGUGAAGAUCGUGGCCUGCGAUUCCAAAUUGCUGCAGCCUCAACAAUAACUUGUCGGCCUGCUCGGUGUUGCUCCCCGUCAGAGUUUAACUCAGUUCAUGCUAGACCUAGCGCCACCCGAACAGCCUUGUUUUCCUAGUUCAUGUGAAUUUGUCCCUUCCAAAACUUGUUCCGUGGUACUAAGGUCACGAAUACACGAUGUUAUAGACAAGAUCUGAUCUCUAAUGUAUAGCUUUGAUCACUAUUUUUUAUCAAGAUAUGUUCAUAAAAUCUAAUAGCAUGUGAUGCUAUGAAAGUAUUUUUAUGAUAA